AUGACUACUUUGGAUGAUAAACUGAUUGGUGAGAAGCUCCAGUACUAUUACAGCAGUAGUGAGGGUGAGGAUGAAGACAGUGAGAAAGAAGAUAAGGAAGGAGAGAGCAGCAUUCCUGACAGCGUUGGGGAGGUGGAGCUUAGCAGCGAUGGCAGUGCCGUCAACACAGGUCCCAAAGGAGUCAUUAAUGACUGGCGAAGAUUUAAACAACUGGAAACUGAACAGCGGCAGGAGCAGCGCAGAGAAAUGGAACGACUGAUAAAGAAGUUAUCUAUGACAUGCAGAUCUCACUUAGAUGACGAGUCUGAGAAGCAGAAGCAGAAAGAGCUCCAGGAGAAGAUCAAUGGAAAGAUGACAUUACAAGAAUAUGACAUGAUUCACAAUGAUGAAGACGAUGAGGAAUUCUUGCAGCGAUACAGGAAGCAGCGAAUGGAGGAGAUGAGGCAGCAGCUGUACAGCGGGCAGCAAUUUAAACAGGUUUUUGAGAUUAGCAGCGGAGAAGCGUUUUUGGACACGGUUGAUAAAGAGCAUAAGAGCACACUGAUCAUGAUCCAUAUUUAUGAAGACGAUAUCCCUGGCACUGAAUCCCUGAACGGCUGUAUGAUCUGCCUGGCCGCCGAGUAUCCAACGGUGAAAUUUUGCAGAGUAAAGAGUUCGCUCAUCGGUGCCAGCGCUCGCUUCACUAACAAUGCUCUGCCAGCUCUGCUGGUCUAUAAGGCAGGUGAGCUCAUCGGCAAUUUUGUGCGAAUCACUGACCAGCUUGGAGAAGAUUUUUUUGCUGUAGACCUGGAGGCUUUUCUGCAGGAGUGUGGUUUGCUGCCAGAAAAAGACCUCGUGCUUCUGACUUCCAUACGUAAUCCGUCUGCGUGUUUCAGUGAAGACAGUGAUCUGGAAAUAGACUGAAGCACUCGUACGAAGGGCCAGUAGGUGUAGAUGUACUGCGGGGUGUCCUUGUGCUAGGGAUUGUUCUCUUUCUUCCAUAGCGUGUGUACGUAUUCUUCCCCUUCAUGCACUUUUGACUUUUGCUCCCUAAACAAUUGUUAAAAAUAGGGAAUUCCUAACA